GCUUUCGAAAGGAUGGUGAUUGUAGAGCGUGGUAAGGGUAGAGGUAGGAGUAUAUAAUGCCCACCGACCCAGCCCAAGUCAGUCAUUCACCAAGCCACCAGCUCACUACACAUAAACUGAACAAUCAUGAAGGCCUUUAUCAUUCUUGCAUGCCUCGCCGCCGCAUCGGCUUACCCCGGUUAUAGUCACGGAGGUGGUGGCUAUGGAGGACUAGGAGGUGGAGUUGGACUUGCUGGUCAUGGAGGAGCUAGUCUCAGUGGUGGACUCGCCGCCGGUGCUGGAACCGCAGCCUCUCUCCAGGGUGGUGCAUCCAGCUUGGGAUCCGGUGGUCUCGGUGCCAGCUAUGCUGCCGCUGCAGCUGCUGCUGCUGCAUCCGCGGGAAUCCAACUCGUCGUCUCUGGAGGAGUGACAGGUGGAAGAUCCGACAUUGGACCCAUAGAAGGACCCAAGUCUAACGUUGGACCACAGGUCGGACCAUCAGACAUUGUUGGGCCCCAAGAAGGAGCCAAGACUAUUGGAGGACCCCGCACUGGACCAUCAAGCCUUGUUGGACCCGCUGCUGGCCCAUCCACCCUUGUAGGAUCAUCCCAAGGAGCUGCCACUCACGUAGGACCAUCCCAGGCUACCGCUAGCCUCGUUGGACCUAGCUAUAGUGGUGUUGGUCAUUACGCCGGAGCCGGUGGAAUCAACGGUGACGACGGUAGUUCCGGCUCCGCAGCCUAUGCUGCUCCCGGAUUUGCUUACGGAGGUUUCGCCGGUCAUGGAGGAGCAGGUGCCAUCUCUGUCGUCGGAGGAGGCUAUGAGAGCUACGGAAAAUGGUAAACGGGUGAACGCCUCAGUUAUAAUGUUUAGGCGACAACGGCAACCUUUCAUAAUUAUCCUGGUCAACAAUUUUUAACGCACUCAACGCUUGAUUCAUCCUAGGAACAUGGUUCACAUCGGAGUAGUCAGUCUCACAGUGAUAGUCAUUCCGACUGUUCAGACAUCCUAUAAGGAGAAACGGUCAGUGGGACGUAGAAAGUGAAAUCGGCACUUGCUGCGGCAGGGGAAACGGGCGAACCGAUCAAGGGUAACCGCGCGCCGUAAUACUUCUAUAGAUCCCUCUGGUAGUUGGGAUCCUGAAAAAUGUAGUCAAUUCCCCUUUAUCCUGAGACCGUGUGCGUCUCUUCUGUCAGCCUUCAGCUUAGACGAUUUCCAGAAAUUCAAACUGCCUCACUUGUGCUCCAAUUAUACAUCAUUUGUUCGUUGAUUUCUCUAUGAAUCAGUCAACAGAUUUCUGUUUUCUGAACAUCUUUUAUCGUUCCGUACCCUACCUUAAUUAUCUCAUCUUUCUUAGGCCGCCGCCUUCACGCAAAUUCUUUUUUUUUAUUCGCAUUACCUUCCAUGAACAGAUUGUGGUAGGUCAGCCGUUCCCGUGAAUGAGCGAAUGUACAUAGACGGCGCAUUGUUGCCGGCCCCCGAUCCCACCACAUAUAGAUACCACGUAUUUAUAGCGUUUAUAAAUUUAUACAAUAAUUUAUACGAAAUAAAGCAUCAGUAUUUCAAACUCA